ACCGACAAGACUUUUCUAUUAUUUAAGGUACUGACCUGAAAACACACACACAUUCAGCACUGCAAACACUAUACCUUGAACACGUUUGUACACUUAGGUAGGUGAGUGUGUGUGUGUGUCUGUGGACCUAUCAGCAACUAAUAUGACCGAGCAGGAGGGAGAAACCAGGACACGCAGCGGGAUUAAUACACACACACACACAGAGAGAGAGAGAGAGAGAGAGAGAGAGAGGGAGGAGAUAUGAGACGCUCACUUCACCAGUAGAUGGAAGAAGAGACAGAUGUGCUCGUGAGAGAGAGAGAGAAAGAUCAUAAACACAGACAAGAGAAAAUCAUAAAGACGGAUUUAAGAAAGAAGAAGACGGAGGAGUGUGAUCUCACACAGGAAUAUAGGAGAAACAGGACGAGUGAACGAGAGAGAGAUGAGGAGAUGAAGAACUGAAGAACAGUCCGUUCACCUACACAACACUCGUGUGAUGAAGGAAAACAAGACAAUCGCAGGAAGAUUGGUGACCAGGAUCUGAUCUGAGAACAGCUUCUUGACCAAUGCGAACACCGUGGAAUACUAUUUCCCGAAAACACGCAGUGGAAUAACAACCUUCGUUUUAGAUGGUAUGCUUAGAAACGAAGGCCACACCCCCUUCGGCUCCUCCUCAGGGGGCUGAGCCAAUCAGCAGAGGUCAUGGGCCGACGGGCGGCUGACGCGUCCAAUGCGGUGCCGGCGCUGGAAGUGCCUCUCGCUGGUGGGCGGGGCAUGCUGUCUCAGAAAUGGGGUCCUCUGUGCAGCGUUGGCGUCCAAACGUCGCCAGGCCUCCGUUCGCUUCCGUCAUUAAAGCGCAGGACGCAAACGGUCAAUGGACCGACCGCAGAAACCAUGUCACUGGACCGGAUGAGGCGUUGUGAGGUCAACGGCAGGCAUGUCGUCAAAGCGGCGUCCAGGAACGGACCGGACCGGACGUCCCAGGAGAGCGAGGUGUACUGUCAAAUCAAAGUCACUCCGAACCAAUCAGGGCUGAGAGGGAGUUUAAAACGAACCCCUCGGUACGUUAACGGCAGUGUGGUUGCACCCGAGGUGGUGGGCGGAGUUUGUAGUGAGGGGGCGGAGUCAGAAGAAGCGAGUCAAACAAUGACACGUGAUUGUAGGCGGGGCCAAUCGCUGAGAGGGGAAUCGUCCAGGCCGUCGGUGCACUGCGGAAACGUCGGCUCGUACGCCACGCCCCCUCGACCGUGCCGGAUGAUGACAUCAUCGCCCAAGCUGUGCAUGAGCUGUGGGCGGAGACAGUCUCAAGCCCCGCCCUGCAUGGCGGCCGCGUGUCGCAAACGGGCCGCGAGUCAGGUGACGCUUCCGACGCUGCCGAGGAAAUGCUGUUCACCUCGGCUGCAGAAACAAAACUCCACGGUGGCACAACCAACGUACGCGCAAAUUCCCAAUUACACGACCGACAUGCAGAACGACACAUCGUGCUCCACCCCCUCACAACACACGCUCGCAAAAACCGAGGGAUCGGCGCAGUCUGAAAAACCUAAAAACGGCUCGACGACGCACAAAACGCAACACACACAAACAACUAAAACUGAAUCGCAAAAGACUAAGGACAAGUCCGUAUCCGCCACGUCUAAACCGAUUGGCUGUGAGUCAAAAGCCACGCCCACUCUUCCGCCCAAGAAGGGCUCACAGGUGCAGGUCAAAUCUAAACCGGCACCUCCAGAGCUUCUGAUUGGCUCAAGGGCGGAGCCUAAAGCGCAAACCCCGCCCCCUCCCUCAGAACCUAAACCCGAGACAGAAACGGACUCUAAGGACACCAAAGCACCUCGAAAAGACGAGAUCCCACAAUGCAACGGUGCACCCGGCGUUCUACACGGACUCCUGCAUAACGUAGAGGAAAACCUGCUGUAUAAUCAGGAAAAGAUCAAAGUUCUUCUCAAUGUCAUCCAGGAUCUGGAGAGGAACAAGGCAAUGAGUGAUGGGCGUUGUUCAUACAGAACUGGUCAGGACAUCAACAACUGCUCAACCUGCCAGAAAACAGCCUGCAUUAUAUACAGCGUGGAGCACGACUUCCGCGUGCAGGAGGGACGAUUUCAAAACAUCCUGGAAGAACUGGAUGAAAAGGAGUACGACGUUCCCGCCCCGGUCCCAAAACCAGCCCACAUACGGCCGCGAACCAAGAGCCGCGUCAAGAAACUGCGAAAGAAGUGUUUCUGGUGGCUGUAGAAAAAACGUCCUAAAGCAAACUUUACGACGUGCGGAUAAGGAUGUUAAAAACAUGCUCUCACUGAACGGAUUAUUCUUUGAUAUAAUAUCUACAGUUUGAGGAACUUCACAAAGCCACGGCUGAACCAAAAGCUCAUCCUGAAAACUUGAGGACAAUUUAAAACCCAAGGAGACCCACAAGACCUCGCGUCUAACCGGUCAAUAAAUCCCCUUCACAGCGUCUGACAGAGCCGGAGCGCAGUCGAUAUCCCUCUUUACCCUGAUGGACCGAUGGAGAUUCUCCGUCUCAUCUCCUCGUCACCGUUCUCUGACCUUUGUGUGCAGAUGGCUUUCGUCCCCGACUAAUGAAUGUCUAAAGCUCUGUUCCCAAACCUAGUCAUCUGCCUACCUACACAGCAUCUUAAAUAACCGGCAGUCGAGCUUUCUGCGAUUGCCUUUUCCAUCCAAGGAUAUGUGCAUCUCCAUGUUGCUACAAUUAUCAAUCCUGACACCUGCCUAAUGAAACGCUCAGUCAGUCACGUAUGAGGUUCUAUUUCAGUUAGGGUUCGGAACAGAGUUUAAAUGUUUCAAAUGCUGAAGUUCCGAAUUCCAAGUGUUCUAAAAUUCCGAUGUGAUCAGUGUGAAACGCAGGAGAGAAAGUGAGACUAAUUCAUUCUAAACACGUUCUUGUAUUACAUCUGCACCAUUUUUUUUAGUUGGUCUAUGUACAUAAACAUGCUUUUUUAAAGUUGUGUCAAAUUAAAAGAAGUUACAUUCUUAAAAAUGUACCGAGACGCACACGUUCGGUUCACGUAUAUGCUAGAUUCAUGUCUCAUUGGAAUUACCAUAAUUACUAAAUGGGAUUCUGGUAAUUCAGUUUCUCUGAGCCAGAAAUGAUUUGUUUCUAUUGCAACACUCAAUGCCAUAAUUGCUGCAUAACGCCAACUCUGCUGCAUGUGCAGCUUUAUUGAUGAUGACAGUAAAUUCAUCACAUCAAUUUACCUCUAUUCUCUGUGUGAAUAUGCAUCAGGUAACGUUACGGCGUUUGUAUGAAAUAAGCGAGUUACAGCAGCUCAUUCACAACCAUUAUUGGUCAUUUGUACACUGAAAAAAAUAAUAUGCUUUAUCUAAUCGAUAAAAUUGUGGCAACAUAUU